AUGAAUUGUCCAUCAGAUCUUCCCGUGGUGGCAACAGUGGUCGCAGUAGUGGGGAAGUUUGCUGCCACUACAAGUUUCUCUAUCGUCUAUGUUUACACUGCAGAACUGUACCCUACCACUCUAAGGCAGAAUGGAGUAGGUCUGAACUCCAUGUGUGCUCGUGUGGCGGGGAUCCUCGCUCCUCCGAUCAGACUCCUGGAAGUCUAUCAUUGGACGAUCCCCAUGCUGAUAUACGGCAUCGUGCCCAUCACAGCUGGAGGUCUCUGCUUAUUACUGCCUGAAACUCUUAAUGUGGAACUCCAGGACCACCACGCUGAGAUCAGACAACCGGAGAACCUGACGGAACUACAAACCUUGACUAAAAAGGAGGAGAAUUCAGGAAAAAGCACCAAAAUGUAAUUUAUAUGGAUGUAUCAGUUCCUUUUCUGAACUGUUGACCUUUUAAACAUAAUUGUAUUAUUUGUUGUUGCAAAUAAAACGUUUUAC